AUGAAUGUAGAAGAAGAGGUUCAACGCCUCAGAGAAGAGAUCAAGAAGCUCGGUCAGGUCCAAACAGAUGGUUCUUACAAGGUUACAUUUGGAACACUAUUUAACGAUGAUCAAUGCGCAAAUAUAUUUGAAGCACUUGUGGGAACGCUAAGGGCAGCCAAAAAACGGAAAGUGGUAUCAUAUGACGGAGAGUUACUCCUGCAAGGAGUCCAUGAUAAUGUGGUGAUCACUCUUAAUCCUACCCCUUAAGCUGCAGCUGUUCAAUUGUUACACUUUGGACUUGAAUGCUUUUUCCGAUUGGGUCACCAACUUGUUUUAAUGAUUCAUUUAACACUAAUUUACAUGAUUGUGGAUAAGCCUUGAGAUGUUUAUCUCUGGUUCACUAUACGUGGGUGAUCUUUUUGACAUGCAAUAAUUCUCAACAUCGAUUUCCUUGAUUUUAUGGAACUAUUAGAAAGCCUUCCAUUGAGUAUUCACAGUGCAAAACUGCUAUAUUACUUUUUUUCUGUUUUAAAAGGGCACUCAAAUUUCAAAAUUAGUGUUUUGACAAAUCACCGCUCACAGCGU